AGGAACUCUUGUGGAAAAACAAUGGGUUUUGUUUAGUGAAAUAAUUUCAGCAGCAAGUAUCUUAAAAUGGGGCAAUUUUAAUUCUUAAUUGAAAUGGGGCAUGGUAUGCAAGCCUGUAAGUGAAGAAAGGUGGGUAUUGAUUUUUUUAUAAAUUAUUAAAAGCUGCAGUUCUCUCACUAAAAUGAUCCAACAACUUGUCAUACUGUUUUAAGUUGCUAUAAGCUACUGGUCUGCAUUGAAUACAGUUAUCUUCGUUCGUCAGAUCCUGCCAAUGUUACAGCAUACUGUGCUGUUGAAAGACCAAAUUAACUCUUUAUGUAUCUGAAACAGGAACGUCUUAGAGAAGGGAAUGUGUCCCAAGGUACUUUAAACAAAUCUUACCUGUGUGCCUGGGUCUAAGCUUCAAAAUACCCUGAGAGAUGAAGUUGAAUUAGAUGGGGACACUAUUCCUCUCAUUUUAAGUGACCUGGCCUUACAAAUCCAGAAUGUUGCUCAUGACUGUGACAAGAAAACUUGUCCAUUUGACAAGUUAAAUGUGAGCACAAGCACCUCUUCCCCAUCUGGGAUACUCCGAGAUCAGCUCUGCUGCUGAGCAGCUGACUCAAGGUAAGGGGGACAUCUACUGUUCUUGUUGGGAAGUAAAACGUCCUGUUUUUGUAAAAAUGUUCUCUGAAUUGUGUAUUAGUUCUCCAAUUUUUCCUCCUUGUUUUGACUAUCUGAAAGGAAACCAGUUACAAUAAACCUGUGCAAACCUGACCUCCUUAAACACAGUGUGGGCAGGUUGGCCAGCCUUCUUUCCUGAGUUAGUCUGAAAUAGAGGACACGGUUCCUUCUAAGUGAAUUCAACUUCCAUUACUUUUCAGCUGAAUCAGGUUUGGUUGUAAGGGGAAAAAUAUUCAUUCCCUGCAUGCUAUGUUUUGGAAAUUUACAAAACAAAACCAAGUCUUCCUUUUUGGGAUUAAGGGACUUUUUAAUGGGAUCUGGAGUCUCUCAUUCUUCAGUAAAUAGGUCAGAGAUAUCCAGUACAGUUACAAAAAUUCAGAUUUGUUAGCUGUUCAGUGAAAAGGGCACUGUCUGUCUCUGAUCCUGUGGAGAAUGUGCUCUGGUCAUUGAUUUGGGUUUCUAACAGCGCAUUGGUUCGGGUUGACUUUAAGUCUUUGCCACUGGGGCAAGUUGAAUCAGGCAGGUUUCCUUCUCCUAAGCUGUAAAACAAUGCUCACACAGAACCCACCAACUCCUGUUCUGUGCCUGGUCUACUCUCAGCAGGUGCAAUUGCAGUGCAUGUAAAACUUCCUAACUAAUGGAUCUUACGUGUUAAUCACAUCUGAGAUAAUUUUUUCUUAGGCAAAAUGACAUGAAUUCAGCAACGUGAAUCUCUGUGUGAGAGAUUGUGCCUGUGAACCACCUGUUAGAGGCACCGAGGUGGAGGUUUUAGGGUCUUAUAUAAUUCUCUCUGAGGAAGCAUGCUUUGCAAAUAAAAAGAGAAAUUUUUGGACUACAGCACUGCCUUUGCAGCUAUUUUCACAAGCAAACUUUCACAUACAAAGAAAUGAAUAGUGUCUUUCAGUGAAACAUGCAUCUUGAAUGAAGAAAAAGAGGGUUUUUUUGAGUUUGUAUAGAUAAAGUCUUUGUUCUGGGUUGAAUAAAUUUUCCUAUGUAUGGUGAGAUUAUGUUCUGAAGAUGAAGUGCAGGAAACUGGCAGCAUAUAUUCUGCAAUGUCAAAUUACUGGGCUACAUUAAGUUUAGCAGGGCAAAAUGAAGACAAAAAAAUGUUAAUAAAUACAUUUCUGAUGAUACUUAGAGAGAUUGGAACAGAGGGGAAUUUAUUGUUUGCUUAGCUAUUAACGUUUAUUAGCAGGAAGUGAACAUAUAACUCUUUGAAUUUUAGCAUUCUCCCUUUUUUUUAAUAUUCACUGCUGGGGUGUCUUGGGUUGGGCAGAACACAUCAUUCUUCCUUUAUAUGCUGUAUCCUGCGUUUAGUAAAUUAAGGACAAAACACUUAUUAAUACGAAAGAUAUUUAUUUUAGCAGAGCACGUACCUGUACGCAUAAUGCUCAGGGUAAGUGUUGAGUAUUGAUGUGCAUUCUUACAUGCUACUGAUGUCAUCAAGACAACCUACAUGCAUGCCAGGCAUGUUCCAAUCCUUUGCAGGAUUAGGUCAUAAUCCGAAAGGAGACCUUUCAGAGACUAAUGAAAGGCAUCAGUAGCAGCAGUCCUUGUGCACACAACUCUCCUUAAAAAGAUGGGAGACUCUUCCAUGAAAUUAAUUCAAAACUCUGAAAAUCUCUGGAGAAUAGAUGAAUCGGAAGACAGAGUUGUUCUUGGAGCUCAUCAGGCAUCCAUUGCUGAAAAAGAACAGCAGAUAUUUGAGAUUAUGGAAAUCUUUCAUCAUCAUCAGUUUGACUGGUCUUCCAGAAAAAAUGAUAUAAUGCUCCUCAAGCUGAAUGAUACUGCAAAGCUGAAUCAAUAUGUGCAGUGUUUGCUUCUGCCUGACUCUUUUGAAGGUGUUGAACCUGGCACACUCUGCAAGGUGACUGGCUGGGGAAACACAUCAUCAGGAAAGCCACCAAAAUAUCUCCAGGAGGGAGAUUGAGGUGGGCCAUUAUUCUGUGAUGAUCAGUACCAUGGGAUUGUUACUUUUGGAAAAAAUUGUGGAAAAAGAGUCAUACCUGGAGUUUAUACAUGGCUGACUGAAAAAUAUAUUGUUUGGAUAAAAAAAACAAUUUCCAGAGGCAAGAGCAUUUUAAUAAAUAUUGUGCUGUGCAUUAGAGCUGGAUGCUGCUGCUUUAGUGUGCCACCUUUGAAAUGCACCUCCCAGCUUUACAGCUUUGCUGUCACCAACACAGCCUUAUGAGAACAGUUCAAAAUAUCCACAUCUGUACAGAUAACACCUUUACUAAUCUUUAGUAGGAAACUGCCACUUGGGAAUCAUAAUUUGUGUUGGAUUCCACUCUACUUCUUAGUGGGAUGGGAAAGUAUUCAUUGCACCUGGGAUAAGGCAACAUCUGUUAAUAUGUACUUACACAAAAAUUGGGUUUCAGACUGAUAGUGAAUGAGAUGUCUGCUGAAUGAGAAAAAAUAGAACAAAAGCUUAAAAUGUUCAAAUAUUUCUCUGUGGUGUUAUUAAACCCCAAAUACCUGAUUUUACCAUUAUUGUGGAUUUAUCUAAAAUUCAAUUUCAAAGAGUUAAAAUAUUAAACAGAGAAACCGUUUUCCAAUUAGUCUUCAUUAUAAAGAUACAAAUAUAGAAAUAAAAAUAAUGUCCUACUUCUUUCCCUAGAUUUUUUUUUUUUUUUUUUUGGUUUUGUUUGGGGUUUCUUUUGGGGAAGGGGUGUGGUGGUUUGGCUAUUUUUGUUUGUUUUGGUAUUGUUUUGUUUUGUUUAUCAAAUCAACUAAAUCAUCUCACAGCUUGGUCCAUAAUCUCACUCUUUCAGUUAACAGUUCCUCAAAAAGUGUAAAUACUGAUUGCAGUGGGUGAAAUUAUAGUUCUUUAACACGGUCCUUAUCUAACAUCUGUGGAAACAAACAGGACUCUGGCUAUGGAUUUCAACAGACUUCUAGUAACAGAAGGAUCUGGUGCGUUUCUGAAGAAAUCUGUGGUUAGCUUGCUGUACUCCAUUACCUUCCAAAUAUUUACUAGGUCUUUUGUAACUAGCAAUUUUGAAGUGUCUGUCUGCAGGGUUUCUCUGCUUCUUUGCUUAUUGCACUUAUAUGUACCAAAUACUGUAAAAUUUGGGAUGCUGCAGAGGCAUGAAUAAAUAACUCCUGCAUAACAA